GGCGGCCGUAGCCGAGCUGCAGGGAGCUGCCUGCCCUCCCCCCCUGCUCCCCUCUCAUUGGCUGCGCUCGCUGGGCUUAGGGGAGAGGGAGCUGUAUAAGAGAGCCCCCUCCCUUUGUGGCAGGGCAGCUGGAACGCAUUUGAAUGUAUAGUGGGGGGAUCUGAAGGGACCAUUUCCAUGGAGCAUCUGUCUGGCAGGGAGCAGCAGUAGGAUCCAGCCCGGCUCUGAGGAAUCCUCCCCACAUCGGACCCAGGAUGGUUCUGGUGCACGUCGGAUAUUUAGUGCUUCCAGUCUUUGGCUCUGUGCGCAACCGAGGUGCCCCAUUUCAGCGCUCCCAGCAUGCCCAUGCUACCUCCUGUCGCCACUUUCACCUGGGCCCCCAGCCUCAGCUCCCAGACUUCUCUCUGCAUCACCACCCAGUCCAACCCCAACAAGGAAUGGCCCCGCACAUGGCCACGGCCCACCAGCAUAAUGGGCCCCUGCACCAGCCCCUGCCGCCCCUCCCAGGCCUGCAAUUCCAGGAGGUGGCGGGACCCUCCUUCCUACCUCAGGCCCUGCACCAGCAAUACCUCCUCCAGCAGCAGCUCCUAGAGGCCCAGCACCGCCGCCUCGUUCCUCACCCCAGGCGCACCCAAGAGCGAAUGUCUGUCCAUCCCCACCGGUUACGCCCCGGCUUCGACUUCAGCCACCAAUUACAGAUUUCUCAACCACUGGGGCCUCGAUACCUGGCUGAAGGCACCGACUGGGACCUCAGCGUAGAUGCCGGUUUGACUCACGCCCAGUUCCAGGUCAGGCCGGUCCCCCAGCACUAUCAGCAUUACCUGACUACUCCCCGCUUGCACCACUUCCCUAGGAGCACUUCCUCAACUCAGAUGGUUGUCCAUGAGAUUAGAAAUUACCCCUACCCACAGCUCCACCUGCUGGCGCUCCAAGGUCUCAGCCCGACGCGCCACACGUCUGCAGUGAGGGAAAGCUAUGAAGAGCUGCUACAGUUGGAGGACCGACUGGGGAGUGUGAGUCGGGGGGCCGUGCAGAACAUCAUCGAGAGGUGCACCUUCCCACACAAGUACAAGAAGAGGAUUCCACAUGAUGGCAAAGAUGCAAAAGAAGACGAGGAAGAGUCAGAUACAGAUGAGAAAUGCACAAUAUGUCUGUCUAUGCUGGAGGAUGGGGAGGACGUCAGGAGGUUGCCCUGUAUGCAUCUGUUUCACCAAGUGUGCGUAGACCAAUGGCUGGCGACGAGCAAGAAGUGCCCGAUCUGUAGAGUGGACAUUGAGACACAGCUCGGGGCGGACAGCUGAGACCCCCUCUUCCCUCCAUACUGACGCGCCAUUUUACUUAUCAGGUCAUGUGGCCAUCGCCUGCAGCAAACGUUUGCCUUCUGAGCCAUUUGAUAUAGAGGAACGCCCGCAAGCGCCGCACCCCGACGAGGAGUUUGUGGGCACGUAGUCACUCUAGAGGAUCUUAACAGCCAUAAAGCCCCAAUGAUGUGUUUGGAAGCUGGUCUUCCCCGAGCCAAAGGGUCCGAGUGGUGAAGAGGACAAGUCGCCGUGACGGUGAAGGUAUACUCUUGUGGUCGCCUGGCUUGCCAAUCCUGCCCUUGGAGGGAUUGCGUGUAUAUACCUCUCAAAUCAUUAGUGCCCCCUAGGGGUCCUUAGCUAUUUCUGUGGAUGGCAACUGGAGCAUGUUCUUACCAAUCAGCCCUAAUGUUCAGUGUUUGGGGCACUAGUCGCCCCGUAGUGGUGGUGGUGGUGAUGGUGGACAUCUUCUUGCUCUUGCCCUCAUUUUGCACCAAAUGUCAUUUCCCCGUGGAUCUCCUGUUAUGUUAUGGUUUCCGGUGCCUGAAUGAGCCAUUGUGGUUACAGCAAAAACAUCGAGACUCCCCCGACGUCCGCCCUACGAGGAGGCCACAAUCCUGUUUACAGUCAAAACAAAAACAAAAAGGAUUGCGUUGGGAGCCUCGCCGGGGGCCGCGUCUAUUUAUUCGCUUCGGUUUAUGUUUACAGUGGGGGGGGCGUUGCUAGGGUGAGGGCCUCAUAGGAACAAGCGCUUCUGGGUUCCGCCGGCUGAUGCUGGAUUUCACUCAAAUAAGCACAAAACAUUCUGCCAUAUUCGUCCUCCCAUGUCUCUUGUGAGAGCGCCCCCUGUGGACGCAAAGAGAUGCCUUUCGUCUUUGGUCAACACAAGCCCCUCCCCCAAAAAUAUGAUAAAAAAAAAAACUCCAAAAAGGGAGGGUUCCGUUACUGCCAUAACUGUUACUGUAUUGUCUUGUUGGUACCUCCGCGCCCGUACAGAACCAGCGUGCCGCCAUCUUGCCCAGUAGAACAACCAGGGUCAAUGUUUAGGGACGCGCCGGAUCCACCAUUUUGGAAUUAGCUGAAGCAAAUCCAAACCGCCAUAUUCAAAUGUAAAAAUUCCACUAAUUGUAAAAAAACCCCAAACUAUAAAGUCAUGUGACUUUUGGAAACACAGAUCCGGCGCCGCCCUAGUGGUCUCAUAGCACAACAACCAGUAUUACUGCAUUCAGGGGUCAGUUACAGAUACUGAGCUUUAUACCAAAAUGUGCCAAAAACAAAAAUGGGGCGGAAAAGCAAAUAGGGUACUAAAAAAAAGGGGGUGGCUCUUGGGGAAGGGGGUGUGGUUUGGCUGGGUCAGGGGCAUGUCCCAAAUGGUGCUUAUAUUCCAAAAGGGAAGUAUAUUUGUCACUCUCUGACAUCACAGCCAAAACUCUCUUCUGAUUGGCAGUUGAGGGUUUGUCCCUCUGUGGCACGUAAUGCAACGUUAAUAGGCUACAUGUGCCUUUAAAUGACCAUGACAUCUUUGCAAUUGGUCUUCACAUUGGCUGAGGAUGUAAGCCCCUCCCACAUUAUGCCACUGACCCAGCUGCUAGGGCCAUCGUCCAUAGAAACCAGAUUCCAAACCGGAAAAGCUAAAGAACACAACUGGGUGGGGGUUGGGCCCCCGCUAGCUCCACCUAGUGGCACAGUAUGUCAUGUAUAUUUAUGGGAGGGGUUAAAACUUAUUUAUUUCAAUAAAACUAACGUUAAUUAGUCUAAAAGAAAAUAUUAUUUAUCAAUUAUGAGUUGUUAAAAAGUGGUAUAACUUA